AUGGUGCCAAGGCUGGAGUGCGUCGGCAGCGGGUUCCAGCUCCCCAACUCCGAGCAGGAGAACUCCCUCUUCCUCCGUGCUCUCAUCUCCGUCGUGUCCGGGGACACCGCGGCCCCCGCCCUGCGCCCGGAGCUGUCGACGCCGCCCUUUGCUCCCGCUCCCGCUCCGGCGCCUGCGGCUGCUGCCUGCGCCAGGUGCGGCAUGGACGGGUGCCUCGGCUGCGAGUUUGUCGCUGCGGCCGCGGCGACGACCGGGUCGAGCAGCGAGGGGGAGGAGUGCUCGGCCACGAGCCUCGUGAAGAACGGCGGCGUGGGCAAGAGGGGGCCUGGCGGCGACGGGAGCAAGUUCAGGGGCGUGCUCCUCCGCUGGCUGGAGGUCGUCGACGCCGCCACGGUCAAGGUGCUCGACGAAAUGCCUCUCCAUUUAUGA